CACACAGAACCAGUGUGGCGCACAGACCAGGCGGCAGCCCUCAGAAAGUGGGAAGUUUUCGCCAUUCGGUCCAAAAAUUAAUCACCUUCAUGUCGACUCUGUUGGAUACUAACCCGCCGAUGCUAUGGUUACCUUUAUUACGGUCUUACAGGUGAAUCUAGUGAUGUCCAUCCUGCUGUAUGUGAUGGUCCUCGUGUACCUCUAUGGUAUCCAGGCAACCAACAUGGAUAGCAGUCAUCAGGGGCAACAGCAACAACCGAGUCCCGACACUUUAAACUCUCUCAUCAUCCAGCUGCUACAGGCUGACCUGACGAGGGGGAAGACGAGGGGGAACCAGAGCCAACAGGGGAAAAGCAGGGACACGGAGCCCCAGGACAUCCUGCCUCCUCUCCUCGGUGCAAGCUUUCCUUUGGAGGACCAGGGUGAUGCAGAGCGGUGGGGGACAGGGGUUCGCAGCGGUGAGAGCAGUGACGGCAUGGUGGACCAGCAGGUGAUGCUGUUUAACUCGGACCUACUCAGGCAACACAAGCGGUACAACUCACCCCGGGUGCUGCUGAGCGAACGGCCACCUCUGCAGCCUCCGCCGCUGUACCUCGCAGACGACUUUGUGAGCAGCGGACCAGAGGGUGUGGCGGCGGGGAACAAGACACGAAAGAAGCGCUAUGCUGAGCACAAAAGCUACCGAGGAGAAUAUUCUGUGUGUGACAGUGAGAGCCAGUGGGUGACGGAUAAAUCUCAAGCAGUGGACACCAGGGGGGACCCCGUUACUGUUCUGGCUAAAAUUAAAACCAGUGCCACGCAGGAUAUUAAGCAGUACUUUUAUGAAACACGUUGUCGAACCCCCAGGCCCUUCAAGGGUGGCUGCAGGGGCAUCGACGACAAGAACUGGAACUCACAGUGCAAGACGACGCAGACAUAUGUCAGAGCGCUGACACAGGUUCGCAAUUCAGUGGGCUGGAGGUGGAUACGCAUAGACACGUCCUGUGUCUGCGCAUUGUCGAGAAAACGUCAUAGGACGUAAACAAAACAACAUGUACUCUCCUGGGGACUAAACGUUUGGAAUUCUACUUCCGUAUAAAGGAUCUGGGUUCCUGUUGUCAACGCUCCCCACCACAGGAUUGUGUCAUGGUGGGGAAGAGCAAACGUUCCGCUCCAAAUCGAAUCGCCCGUGGGAGAAACCUUGGGUCCGUUAAGAUGACAUUUCACUUUAAGGUGCUGCGAAAUCUACAAACCGGUGCAGCAGUGCUGUUAUGGAAGAACUCGCUUGAGAGGGGGCGGGGAGGGAGGGCUUGAGUGUGUGAGGAAGAACUGUACAUAUAAGUUAUUUAAAUUAUAUGAAAUGCAUGUAGUUAAUACAUGUUAAUCUAUCUAUAUAUGAUGUAUGACUAUAUUUGUGUUAUUUAUUGAAAGAAGUCUUCUUGAAAAGGCAAAAAAAAAAGUCUUUAAAAAUAAGGAAUGAAACAAGCUAUGAACUCAUUUUGAGACUAUAUA